AUCGCGACAUUCCAGCCGGAAUUCACAUAUGCCAUGUUUGGCGACGAAGAAGCCAUAUUCGGCUACCAAGACCUAGACAUCAAUCUCUACUUCCGCGCACACGACCUAAAGCCGAAGCUCGACAUUAGCUAUGGCAGAAUCUUUCCUGCCCAAGGCGAUGUGCAGCCCACAAAUAUCAAAGAAGCCCUGGCAGACUUCUUACCCGCAACAGCAUUUGAAGAUCAAACGCUCGAGGACGAGGCAAGCUUUCAACCACCAGGCGAGAAGAUCCGCCAAUAUAGGCGAGAUGGCAAGAGCUACGAGAUCUGGUGCGCAAGUCUGGCCGAUGAGGCCGCGAGACGGCUGCUAGAAAACAUGCAGAUACUGGUACCCAUGUACAUCGACGGUGGCAGCCUGCUAGAACUCGACCAGGGCUGGUCGGCCAAUCGCUGGAAGAUCUUUCUCGUCUACGAAGUAGACCGCUCUGCCACCGCAUCUAUCUCGCCCUACACACUCGCAGGCUACGGCACUUCAUAUCGAAAUUUCACCUUCCCUGAACGCCAGCUCAAGUCGGUCUCAUGGGAUCUCUCACAAGCACCAGACUUCUCAUCGCCUCUCGAACUACCAGCGCGAGAAAGGCUGUCGCAAUUUCUGGUGCUACCACCUUGGCACGGUUCAGGGCAUGGACAAGAGCUGUAUAAUGCCAUGUUUCGGCACCUCACAUCCGCAGAGAAUGUGCGUGAGUUCACAGUAGAAGAUCCAAACGAGAAGUUCGACGAUCUGCGAGAUCUCUGCGAUCUUCUCCAUCUGCGAGCGACCUGUUCCGAGUUCAGAGACCUGCGCAUCAACACCGAUAUCCCAGCCGACCGUCUCGACCUCAACCAAAACAUCCCGACCGAGUUGAUAGUUCCGCUUGAAGUGCGAAAGGCAAUCAUGCGGCAAACAAAGAUAAUGCCGCGCCAAUUCGAUCGCCUCGUCGAGAUGCACACCCUUUCUUCGAUACCUCUAAGACACCGUUCGCGAAACAGAAUAACCAAGAAAGCAAAAGCUAGCGAUGAGAACGAUCGCGCAUAUUACUUCUGGAGGCUAUACGCAAAACAGCGACUGUACAUCUUCAACCGGGAUCAGCUCGCCCAAGUCGAGCAUGAAGACCGGGUUGAGAAGUUGGAGUCAGCAUUGGACAGUGUGCUAGAACAAUACACUGUCACUCUGGAAAAGGUGGAAGCCAAGGAAAAG